GGGGUGAGCCUCUUUGGGACUAACUCAUGAAGAACAAGGGUGCAAAACAGAAGUUGAAACGAAAAGGUGGUGCUACCGGUGCAUUUGGCUGUGACCUGACGGAAUACCUGGAGACCUCGGGCCAGGAUGUUCCCUAUGUACUGAGGAGCUGUGCAGAAUUUAUUGAGACUCAUGGCAUUGUGGAUGGAAUCUACCGACUUUCAGGAGUAACAUCAAACAUCCAAAAACUGAGGCAGGAGUUUGGCUCAGAUCAAUGUCCAGAUCUGACAAGGGAAGUUUACCUUCAGGACAUUCACUGUGUGGGCUCUCUUUGUAAGCUGUACUUUAGGGAGCUGCCCAAUCCUCUCCUCACUUAUGAGCUCUAUGAGAAAUUCACGCAAGCAGUAUCACACUGCCCAGAAGAAGAAGGCCAACUGGCCCGAAUCCAAAAUGUCAUCCAGGAGCUUCCCCCACCACAUUAUAGGACCUUGGAAUACCUGAUCAGGCACUUGACCCACAUCGCCUCCUUCAGCAGCAAGACCAACAUGCACACCCGGAACCUGGCCCUGGUGUGGGCACCAAAUCUUCUCAGGUCUAAGGAAAUCGAAGCUAUUGGCUGUAACGGAGAUGCAGCCUUCCUCGCCGUGCGAGUCCAGCAGGUGGUGAUUGAGUUUAUCCUGAAUCACGUGGAUCAAAUUUUCAGCAGCUCUCCCUGCUCCAUAGAGAACGAUGAAAACAGGCCAAUUAUGAAAAGUUUGACGUUGCCUGCCCUCUCCCUCCCCAUGAAGUUGGUGAGCCUGGAAGAAGCCCAGGCUCGGAGUCUGGCUACAAACCACCCUGCACGGAAGGAGAGGAGGGAGAAUAGCCUGCCUGAGAUCGUCCCUUCCACCGGAGCCCUCUUCCACACCGUCCUCGAGCUACCGGACAACAAAAGGAAGCUUUCUAGUAAAUCUAAGAAAUGGAAGUCAAUAUUUAACCUGGGGCGAUCUGGCUCAGACUCAAAAUCAAAGCUGAAUCGGAAUGGGAGUGUAUUUGUGAGAGGUCAGAGAUUAUCUGUAGAAAAAGCUACAAUCCGACCCGCCAAGAGCAUGGACUCUCUCUGUUCUAUGCCAGUAGAAGGUAAAGAUACAAAAGGACAUUUCAAUCGGACAGUCACCACUGGGGGUUUUUUCAUCCCAGCAAUGAAACUGCAGACAACAAGCAGUGGUAGCUCCUGUGACCUUAGCAAGCAGGAAGGUGAAUGGGGCCAGGAGGGAGCCCCAGCGGGAGCAGAGGGAGGCUCAGUUCUGAGUGGCGAAAGAAGUCUGAUCAAGUCUCCUCAGGCCCGUGCCCCACCAGAGCAGCUAAAGGUAUUUCGACCCGUGGAGGAUCCAGAGAAUGAUCAGGCAGCCCCAAAGAUGCUUGCCAUGUUCUACACUUCAAAUGACAGCUCCAGCAAAUCAGUGUUCACCAGCAGCCUCUUCCAGAUGGAGUCCUCGCCUCGGCACCAGCGGAAAGCCCUCAACAUCUCAGAGCCCUUUGCAGUCUCUGUGCCUCUUCGGGUAUCAGCAGUUAUCAGUACCAACAGUACCCCUUGCAGAACACCUCCCAAGGAAAUGCAGUCACUCUCAAGCCUGGAAGAAUCUUCUUUCCAAGGGGCUGAGGGUGGGGGUUGGCCUGGGUUUGAGGAGGAGAAGAUAACUGCAGCUGAUGCUUCCACAGAUAAAGGAAUUUGUAUUCUAUUUCAGGAUGAAGAUGACUCUUCCAGUCCUCUGAUGUGGCCUGAGAUUCAACAAGAGCUGAAAAUCAUUGAGUCUGAGGAAGAACUCCAAGCCCUCCCAUCAUCUGCCCAAAAGAUCAACUCGAGUCAACCAGUUCUUAUUUCGAGUCCAAAGACCACCCUUUCUUCUCCUUGGGCAAGGGGCUUCUCUGAUGACUCCAGCCUGGCUGUCAUCACAAUGGAAGAGAACAUGGAUAAAUUGAUUCAGAUCACACCUCUAGAAGGGACUAUUAUCCCUAUAACGGGAACCAGGGGAGACUCAGAGCAGCUCAACAGCCAGCAGAGGACUGGACAGAAAAGGCUGCUGCCUGAGCAGAGUAGGCAGGAGGACUCUACAAGGACUCCCAUGCUGGAAAUGAUCACAACUGACCCUGCUUCUCCACAGGACAGUCUACUAAAGGAAAGCUCAGGGAAUCUCCCUUCAUCUCCUCCUCCUCUAGAACAAACUCUUCAGAAAGAAGACUCUGUGAUAAAUAGCCCUGAGAGAGAAGAAACUUCAGAGGUGAUGGAAGCAAAUCCUCAUUCAGAGCAGACUCAGGCUGGAGAUAGUCCUGAUGACCCCAGAAGUUCCUACUUGCAAGAAGAAUUUGUGUCAGCCCAGGGUGAAAAUCAUAGUCCUAAGGAGAAGAGAGACAAAUUAGCUUCGGGGAGAGAAGGCCCACUAAGGGAAUUUGGGGCUUUACCACAUAAAGAGAGAGAUACAACUAGUAAAAUGCUAGAAACUUUUGAUUAUGAUGAAGAAGACACUUCCACUGACUUUGCACCACAGAGUUUAGAAAUGGUAGAGCCCUGGGAGGACCACCAGUGGGUUACAAGCCCACUUCAUUCCCCAACACUGAAAGAUCUUCAGGGGGCUCGACCACAAGAUCUUCUCCUCCCAAAUCAAAGAGAGAAGAGGCUCCCUCAUAGACCCACUUUCGUUCAGAGUCAUUCCCUAGAUAGUGAAACUACCAUGAAAAACCAGUGGACUCUUCCAUUUUCUUCAUCUAGUAGCUGUGUCAGUCUGGGAUCAAUGAUGGUUUUUGACUCCUUACAGCUACUAGCACCCAACAGAGAAAAAGGGGAAUGGGAAAAGAAGGCACCAAGACAUUCCAAAGAGCUCUCAGAGUCAGCGGGAACAGAAGAUGACCUUGGUGUGAAUUCAGGGACAGACAUACAAUCCAAAACAGUAAGAACUAGUCCUGUCUGCUUUACAGAGAAAGAAACAGAAGUAGAUCAAGCAAGCCUGCAAGACUCUUCAAUGCCCAUGAAUCAACGAGGCAGUUAUGGCUUGGAAGCUGAGAGCAUUAGGGAAAAUAGUCCAUCUGGGGUUCAGGUCAAUGCUAGUGCCGGAGUGCCUCUUGUUACCAAAGGUGAGUUGCUUCCUUCCUCCAAGUUGCAGCUAAAGAAUCAUGAUUGUGUGCCUCCUAAAGGGAAAAAUAGACCUUCUUCCCUCAACCUGGACUGCAUUCCUCUGGUAAAUGACUUCUUUAGGAUUGAGAAUAUGACAUCGCUGGGUUCACCUGGACACCAGUUGAAUGAGAGAGAAAUUAAAAGCGAAGAUCCUAACUACCCAUGGUCCCCCAUCUGUAUGGCCUCACCUCACAGUAAAGCAGACCCCUGGAAAGUUCACGGUGGUCCACAGGACCUAGACAUGCUCACUCAUGCCUUAACAGGUCGCCGCAAUUCUGCCCCUGUGAGUGUGUCGGCAGUGAGAACUUCCUUCAUGGUCAAAAUGUGCCAGGCCAAGGCUGUGCCAGUCAUCCCACCUAAGGUUCAGUAUACUCAAAUUCCACAGCCACUCCAGGCCCAGAACACGGAGGAAGAUGUACUUUCCUCAGGAGAGAAGGCCAAAGUGGAGGCCAGCCCAACUGGCGAGAUGCCUCUAAAGUCUGCUGGGGAUGAUUCACCUCCUUCCUUAGGGAGACCUCAAGAGGAGAGCAUAAGCCAAGAAGGAAAAGUAACCAGUAAUUCCACUCAGAUGGACUCCACGUCUUUUGUAUCUGAUGACCACAUCCUUUCUCCAGACCCAAGUGUGUCUUGCCUCCUCUCUUCCCAGGAUGCUACAGGACCCUGCAGAAAACGUACUUCAGAAACAGAACCAUCUGGAGAUAAUCCACUUUCUUCAAAAAUUGAGCGGUCAUCUGGGGUUUCCAAACCUUUCCAUAGAUCAAGACCAGGAAGACCUCAGAGCCUAAUCUUGUUUAGCCCUCCCUUCCCUAUCAUGGAUCAUCCAUCCUCUUCUUCAGACUCCAAGGUCUUACUUUCCCCGAUCAGAAGCCCUACCCAAACAAUUUCCUCUGGUCUCAUUUGUGGUGAGCUGGCUGAGAACACGUGGGUGACCCCAGAAGGAGUCACACUUAGGAACAAAAUGACUAUCCCUAAGAAUGGCCAGAGACUAGAGACCUCAACUAGUUGCUUUUACCAGCCCCAGAGGAGAUCUGUGAUUCUAGAUGGAAGAAGCGGGAGGCAAAUAGAAUGA